UGAUUCGCAGACGACAGACGUUCUGGCUGUGUAUUGAUCUGUGUGCACAAACGUUGUUUUGUUUACUGACAAGCAGUCUGUGUAUUUACUGGUGGAAUUUAUCUGUGCCUACGUUACUUUCCUGGAUCGUUUUCUGUGAUUACGAUGCCAAAAGUAAUGGAGAGAAAGAUAUAUUAUAAAGAGGAUACACCACUGUUGACAACAGACAAAACAAAAAAUGAAAAAAAAGAAAUGGAAACCCAGAUUGAAAAUACAAAAACUGAAUUACAUUUACUUGAGGAGUCUAACAAUAAAAGAGAACCAGAGAUUCAGGGACCAGAGGGACAGGAAAUGACUGUGGAACUGAAAGAGAUAACAAAUGUAGAUGAGCAGUCACGUUCAUCAUGGAAGGAAACCUCAUCCACAAAAGUUGGAAAAACAUCAAAACUUAAAAAAGAGGUUGAUGCUCUUAUAGAAAAAGAAAUAGAAAAAUGCUGUCUUACGGGAAUUUCAAUACUCGAGCAAAGUGUGGCAGAACUAAAUGAUGGUAUUGCCAAACUGCAAGAUUACAAAAAUCGGUUUUCUGGAGGUGAACAGAAAAUAAAUUAAGAGGAGGAGCAUUUGAAGUGAAAUACACAACUUGUUAUAAUUUAAGACAACCCUCAUAGAUACAUGUAGUGUCACGUAGUCAGCUUCGUCCCCUUCAGCAAAAGUAUGGGUUUACUGACAUAAGUCUAAAUUCCACUGUCAUCACAGAUCAAAGAAGCUCAGCCAUCUGAAGUGUUUCACAGUUGUAUGUUAUCUGCUAUUAAUAUUCAUAAGCUAUUGAUGUUUUAAUGCUUUAUAAAAAUAUCAGUUCUGGAACAACAGAAUGCCAGAUGUCAGAUGUCAGAUUCAUCAGGUACCUUUAAGCUGCAGUCAUACUUAAUGCAUUAAUAACUUAAAUGUUUUUCAUAAUUCACUAGUGAAACUGAAUUUAUCAGGUACUUUCUUUUGGAAGUGAAAGACAUCAUAAAUCUUACCAGGUGUUUCUUUUUAGAAAUAUUUCAAUUAAUUCCUGUCUUCAUAAAAAUGAGUGUAACAACGCACAUUUGGUUAAAAAUUAUAACUGUAUCCAUAACACCAUUCUACUGGCAACAGCCACAAGCUCUGUCUCAACUGCAAAUUUUACAAUUUUUACAUGUUAGCCUAAAUGCUGCUAUAUUCAAAGAUGCUUUAUUAUCUUAACCACAUCAGCAGAUUAUCAGUGUGUUUCUUCCAAUUCAAUUUAUUAUUAGUGCACACACCCAGUAAUUUUUAAUAUUCUGCCUUAGCAAAAGACUUCUGUUCAAAGUCUAUGUAUAUCUAUGGUGUUAUGCCAUUUACUGUACAAAAUUGUGUGUAGUGUGUUUUCUCAAAAUUUCAUGAGAGUCCAUUUGC